AAGAUAACGUUGCGCGCACUAUUGUAAAAGCGGGAAAACCCCAAGGUUGCACAUUUCACCAACAUCUCUUGACGUGACAAGUAAACAUUUAAAUAUCAUCAUGUCUGGCCGUGGUAAAGGUGGUAAAGCUAAGUCAAAGGCUAAGAGCAGGUCAUCAAGAGCCGGAUUACAGUUUCCAGUCGGCAGGAUACAUCGUCUUUUGAGAAAAGGGAACUAUGCUGAGAGAGUAGGUGCAGGGGCACCCGUUUAUUUGGCAGCAGUGCUGGAAUAUCUCGCAGCUGAGGUUCUCGAGUUGGCGGGCAAUGCUGCCAGAGACAAUAAAAAGUCGAGAAUCAUUCCACGUCAUCUACAGCUAGCUAUCAGAAAUGAUGAGGAAUUGAACAAGUUGUUGUCUGGUGUAACCAUUGCACAGGGAGGCGUUCUACCAAACAUUCAGGCCGUCUUAUUGCCAAAGAAAACUGGUUCAGCCAAGGGAGGAAAGGCGUCAUCACAGAGUCAAGAGUAUUAGAUUAUAUUGCUGUUGCGGAAUCCAGUCAUUCACCACAUCACAGAUCACAGUAGUUUUCAUCAUCAUCAUCAUCCCCAAGCAAUAGAAAGACGUAUCUGCCAAGUGAUUUUAUUUUUAAAGAGCAGUUUUAACACAAAAGACAAUUUAAGCUUCUACAAAGUGAUAGAUGUAUUUCAGACUGUAUCUUGUUGCAUUUGUUCUAAUCCGGUUCUGGUUCACUUCACACUUUGCUUUCUGUUCUAUAUUCUUCUUUUCUUUUAAAUAAAUGUCAUUGAAAUUUAAAUGAAAUGUUUUGUCAUGUCAUUAUUUCUAAGACAGUUUGGUUUGGCAGUA